UAUGUUACUGUUGCUAGUAACGAGGUAUUUUUGCGAGAACUGAUUUCAAACGCAUCUGAUGCCCUGGACAAAAUCAGGUUGUUGUCGCUGACCGAUCCUUCGAUGCUUGGCUCCAAUGCGGAGUUGAAUAUACGAAUAAAAGCGGACAAAGAAAAUAACGUUUUGCAUAUCACUGAUACUGGCAUUGGAAUGAAUCGAACAGAGCUGAUUAACAACUUGGGGACGAUCGCGCAUUCCGGCACUUUUAAUUUCCUGAGCAAUCAGGAAGACAUGACUGCAUCCAAAAUGGAGAAUUUGAUUGGGCAGUUUGGAGUUGGCUUUUACUCAAGCUUCCUGGUGGCUGAUCGCGUCGUCGUGACGUCGAAGUCUUAUAAUGACGACCAGUACAUAUGGGAGUCGGAUGCUGGUUCGUUUCAAGUGGCCAAAGAUCCAAGGGGCAACACGUUAGGCCGUGGAACUCGUAUCAGCUUGCACUUUAAACCAGAAACUCGUGAAUAUUUGGACGAAGAAACUUUAACUCAGCUGCUGAAGAAGUACAGUCAGUUCCUGAGCUAUGAUAUGUUCUUGUGGAAGAGCAAACAGGAAACUCCCAAAGCAGAUGAGGAAGAAGGGAAAGAAGAAAAGCCGAAAACGAAAAAGGUUGAAAAGACCGUAUGGGAUUGGGAGCAUGUCAACGUCUUAAAACCAAUUUGGCACAGGAACGACGAAGUAACGGAGGAAGAAUAUAAUGAAUUCUACAAAUCAUUUACGAAAGACUCUUCGGAGCCGUUGGCCCACAUCCACUUCACUGCCGAAGGCACUGUAUCGUUUCGAGCACUUUUGUUUAUUCCGAAGCGAGGCGCCAGCGAGAUCUUGCAGAACUACCAGAAGGCAGCGCAUAACAUUAAGGUACUGUUUAUUGGUUUUCGUGUUUGUUGCUGUGUCUUCAUAUCUAACCGUUGGUUUUUUGCAGCUGUAUUCCCGAAAAGUGUUGACUCUGAUGAUCUGCCACUGAACGUCAGUCGAGAAACUCUCCAGCAGGUGAAGCUGUUGAAAGUGAUUCGAAAGACGUUAGUCCGCAAACUGUUGGAUGCGAUAAAAAAACUUCCUGAAGAUCUCUUCGCUUCUCACCGUUUGUCGUAUUUUAGCACGAAACUGCUCCUAAUUGAAGAUCACGGCAAUCGUAAUCGCUUGAUGAAGAUUGUUCGUUUUGAUUCGUCGUACGACGAGAAGAAGCAGACCACUUUGUCCGGUUAUGUACAAAGGAUGAAGCCAGGGCAGGAAUACAUCUACUACUUGGAAGCCGCAACUAGGAAGGAGGCAGAAGAAAGUCCAUUCGUCGAACGGCUUGUGAAGAAAGGUUACGAAGUUUUAUAUUUAACCUCAUCAUCAAUGGAUGGCUACGUCAUGCAACAUAUACCUGAGUUCGACAAUAAAAAAACAAUGAAUAUUGCGAAAGAAGGCUUAAAGCUGGACAAGAGCGAGAAAGCUAAGAAACGCCUCGAAAUGUUAGAGGAAACCUUCAAACCCUUGACUGUCUGGCUGAAAGAAGAUGCAUUAAAGGAUAAGCGGUUAACCAAAUCACCAUGUGCACUAGUGGCUGGUACUUGGGGUUGGACCGGCAACAUGGAACGAAUCAUGCGCAGUCAGGCGUAUGCAAAGACCGACGAUCCCACACAGCAGUUUUACAUAAACGAAAAGAAGAUAUUGGAAAUCAACCCACAUCACCCGAUCAUGAAGGAGCUACUUAAUCGAGUAAACUCUGACAAAGACGACAAAAGCGCUCAUGAAGCUAUGCUGGUACUUUUCGAUGCGGCUACAUUACGGUCCGGUUAUAUGUUAAGAAACUCGGCGAACUUCGCUGAUCGCAUUGAAUUGAUGAUCAAAUCUUCUUUGCACAUCGACCCCAAUGAAAUGAAUCAAGAAAGUGCCACAGAGCAGGGCGAACAUUCUGAGCUGUAG